UGGUCUUUUUUGCUCGUCACGAUAGACAACGUCCCCACUCGCCACUCUUCGUAUUUAUUGUUAUUUUGCAUUUGUCAUUCGCCAUUGACGCCAUUCGUCUUUCGCUCGUUGCCAGUAUUCCGCGUUCAUUGUUGCACUCAAAUUUCUUUAAAGUCUCAUUUAACAUUUAUUCAAGCCUAUUUACCAUCGACAUCAUGCCAAGCCCAGUGAAGAAAGUACGCAAAGUCUCCGACGAAAACGUUUUGGGUUUCUCCAAACUUUCCGAACACGGUUUUGCUCCGACCAAGGGUAGCGAACACGCUGCCGGAUACGAUUUGAGAAGUGCUUAUCCAUAUGUGGUAAAAGCCCAUGGCAAAGAGCUUAUAAAAACUGACAUUCAAAUUAAAGUACCGGCAGGUACCUAUGGCCGUGUUGCUCCACGUUCCGGACUCGCUUGGAAGAAUUUUAUCGAUGUUGGUGCGGGUGUGAUUGACAGCGAUUAUAGAGGAAAUGUUGGUGUUAUAUUAUACAACCAUUCAGAUGACGACUUCACAGUAAAUAAAGGUGAUAGAGUUGCACAACUCAUUUGUGAAAAGAUUGUUUAUCCGGAUGUAGUAGAGUUUGAGACAUUGGAUGAGACUGAUCGAGGUGAAGGUGGUUUUGGAUCCACUGGCACUAAUUAAAAUGUUAAUAUGUAUCCUGUCGUGCUGUUUUUAUUUUUUUAUCAAAAUAUUGUGAUACCUCAUUAUAACAAAUCUUUUUUUUUUUAAGAAACUUU